GUGGGCGAGGACGAGGGCGAGGGCACGGCCGGCUUCUGGCCGGCAAAGGAGGCUCGCGGAAGCAGCAGCUGCCGCCCGACCGCAGCUGGAUUUUGAAGAUUGAUCCAAGGGACUAUAUUAAUUUCAGGAAUUGAUUUGAAAGACACUGGCUCUGCCACUUAACAGCCAUGUAACCUUGGAUUCAAGGAAUGUUGGCAGUUUGAUCUCCUGUUCCUCUGCCUUUUCUCAACCCAGCUUGUGCAUAUGGAAGUUCUCGAUAUGGAAGAAAGCAGCAGUGUCACCAUGUUGGUGCCAGAUAUUGGGGAACAGGAAGCUAUGUUGACUGCCAAAACUGUCAUCAGUUCAUCAUUGGAAAUUGAUGAACAAAGAAAAGCUAAAACGGAUCCAUUAAUCCAUGUUAUCCAGAAGUUAAGCAAGAUAGUGGAACAUGAAAAGUCACAAAAAUGUCUUUUGAUUGGCAAAAAACGGUCACGUUCUAGUACUGCAGCGCACUCUCUUGAAAGUCAAGAAUCUUGUGAGAUUCCAGCUAAAGUAACCCAGUCACCUGCUACUGAUAUUAGAAGGGCUGAAAUGUCUCAAAUACAUUUUACCCCUAACUCUCCUGCCCAGAGUGAUGGGAAGGCUAUGUCUUACCAGUGUAGCCUUUGUAAGUUUCUGUCAUCGUCUUUUUCUGUGUUAAAAGAUCAUAUCAAGCAGCAUGGUCAGCAGAACGAAGUGAUAUUAAUGUGCGCAGAGUGCCAUAUUACAUCAAAAAGCCAAGAGGAACUUGAAGCUCACGUGGUAAAUGACCAUGAAAAUGAUGCCAACAGUCACACUCAAUCCAAAGGCCAACAGUACGUAAGCCCCACCAACCCCUUGUGUCACCGAACCUCAGAAAGAAACAGUGAAACCAUUCCUGACAUCCCAGCAAGUGUGGACAGCCCACAGACUCAUACUGUGCAAACAGCGUCCAUGGCAGAAAUAGGUAAGAGGAAAUGGUAUGCCUAUGAACAGUAUGGCAUGUAUCGGUGCUUGUUUUGUAGUUACACUUGUGGCCAGCAGAGAAUGUUGAAAACACAUGCUUGGAAGCAUGCUGGGGAGGUCGACUGCUCCUAUCCAAUCUUUGAAAAUGAGAAUGAGCCCCUCGGCCUGCUGGACUCUUCCGUGACUGCUGCACCCAGUGGCGUCCAUGCAGUAGUUAUCGCGAUUGGAGACAGUGAACUGAGUAUCCACAACGGGCCGUCAGUGCAGGUGCAGAUUUGCAGCUCAGAGCCAUUAUCAACUUCCUCUCCUUUAGAGCAGAGUGCAGAAGGUGGGGUUCAUCUCAGUCAGUCGGUUACCCUUGACCCUAACGAGGAAGAAAUGCUCGAGGUGAUUUCUGAUGCCGAGGAGAACCUGGUUGCUGAUAGUCUCCUUUCAUCAGCACAGAAAAUCAUUAGCAGCAGCCCAAAUAAAAAAGGUCACGUUAACGUGAUAGUGGAGCGUCUGCCAAGUGCUGAAGAAACGCUUUCACAGAAACAUUUCCUCAUGAAUGCCGAGAUCGAAGAGGGGAAGAGCCUGAGCCCAACAGAAGCCAAGAUUGGGUGCGAAGGAAGAGAGGAAGUCUAUCAUGCUGAUAAAUGCACUGUUGAUAUCGGGGGGCUGAUCAUAGGCUGGGGCAACUCAGAGAAGAAAGACAGCGACUUAAUAAACAAAGGACUGGCUACUGAUGAGAAUGCCCCACCGGGCCGAAGAAGGACAAAUUCUGAGUCUCUUCGACUACACUCACUAGCUGCAGAAGCCCUGGUUACAAUGCCCAUAAGAGCUGCAGAACUAACACGAACCAACCUUGGGCACUAUGGGAACAUAAACCUUUUAGACCCGGACACCGGACAAAGGCAAGUAGAUGGGACAGUGGCAGCAUAUUCUAAAAUGAUGUCCCCACUGAAAAACUCUCCUGAGGGGUUAGCUAGUUUCAACCAAAGCAACUCUACCUUAGUAGCACUCCCAGAGGGUAGGCAGGAGCUGGCAGACGGGCAGGUUAAGACGGGCAUCAGCAUGUCCCUCCUCACUGUGAUUGAAAAGUUACGGGAAAGGACAGACCAAAAUGCUUCCGAUGAUGAUAUUUUGAAAGAGUUGCAGGAUAACGCCCAGUGCCAGCCCAGCAGCGACGCGAGUCUGUCAGGAAGCAGCGUGGUGGAGUACAUCGCUGACGCCGAGCGGCCCUACCGCUGCCGGCUGUGCCACUACAGCAGCGGCAACAAGGGCUACAUCAAGCAGCACCUGCGCGUCCACCGGCAGAGACAGCCCUACCAGUGCCCCAUCUGUGAGCACGUCGCUGACAACAGCAAGGACCUGGAGAGCCACAUGAUCCACCACUGCAAGACGAGAAUAUACCAGUGCAAGCAGUGUGAGGACUCCUUCCACUAUAAGAGUCAACUGAGGAACCAUGAGAGGGAGCAACACAGUCUUCCAGAUACCUUGUCAAUAGCAACUUCUAAUGAGUCCAGAGUUUCCAGUGAUAAAACUGAUGGAAAAUGUGUUCAGGAAGGGAAUAAGUCUUCAGUCCAGAAACAGUAUAGAUGUGAUGUGUGUGAUUAUACAAGUACAACAUACGUUGGUGUCAGAAACCACAGACGAAUCCAUAACUCUGAUAAGCCUUACAGAUGCUCGUUGUGUGGGUAUGUGUGCAGCCACCCCCCUUCUCUGAAGUCUCACAUGUGGAAACACGCCAGUGACCAGAAUUACAACUACGAGCAAGUGAACAAGGCCAUUAAUGACGCGAUCUCACAGAGUGGCAGGAUUCGGGGGAAAUCCUCUGGAAAGACAGUAUUAAACAGCAGUGAAGAAAGAGCCAAUUCUCUCACUUCUGCAAGUUCAGAAAAUUUGGUGUCAUCCUCAGAGCUGAUUCCCCAGACUCCCAGUGAAGUCAAAGGUCCCAAUGAGAAUGAGAAGCUAAGCCCUGCAAGUAAUACCUCAUGCAGUUUAGAAAAAAACUCCAGUCUAGCCCCUCCUGGCGUGGAGUAUUGCGUUUUACUCUUCUGUUGUUGUAUAUGUGGUUUUGAAUCUACCAGCAAAGAGAAUCUCUUGGAUCAUAUGAAAGAGCAUGAGGGUGAAAUUGUAAACAUCAUCCUAAAUAAGGACCACAACACAACUCUAAACACAAAUUAGAUGGAAUUGUUAUCCAAAGAGGAAACCAGCGAAGAAGAAUCCUUUAAACUGCAGUUUGCCCUUUGUGCUGUCCAGUAACUUACUAGACACAGAAGAAAUAGUUGGUGUGAUUCUUGAGGAAAUGAGAGAUGGGACUUUGGAACCAAAUUUGUAAUGUAAUAAAAGAAAUUCCAAAUAGAUAAGGGGUAAUAAUAUUUAAGCAUUUUGAGUGAGGGAAAGUGGUUUGAGGAGGCAGCCAAGAUAUAACCUUACAAUAACCUUCUGUUACCUCUUAGUUUGGGUGUAUUUAUUAUUAAAAGCUUAUUAUAGUGUAGAAAUGCAAGCAAGAGAGUUAAGAAGGGGCUUUUCAGGAACUAUUCCAAAACAUCCUGUUACUAAAGUGUCACAGUCUUGAGCAGAUGUUAGUUUUCUUCAUUCUCAAUUUUGACAUGAAUGACAGGCCUCUUAUGAGAAAUGGGAGGCAAGUGUCUAAGGGUUUUUUGGUAUCAACAAGAAAAAUAAGAUUAUUACAGGGCUUUGAGAUGAUCAAUUGAAAUCUUUUGCCAGAUUGAUAGGAAUAAAUCUAUACCCAACCUGAGAUAUAUUAUUAAUACUUUACUCUUUAGAAAGAAAAGAGAUCUCUAGAUCCAAAUCUAGAUUAUAAGUAACCAUUUACAAAGUAAAUUAUUGUCUUAAAUUUACAGUGAAUGUCUUGUGAGCAAAAGAGGAGAAAGGUGAAUUCCGACCAACCUCAAAUCAAAACUCAAGAUUCGUAAAAAUGGUGACUGGUUGAGCACAGUGCACUUCUCAGAGAUUCUUUUCAGAGUGUUGAUAGAAACACCAGUUUUCUCAGUAGUUACGUAGGCCUUCUAAUCCACUCUUCUAAACUAGACCAUGCUUGUUAUCUUAAAAAGUCUGUUAAAACAACAAAGUAGGAAACUGCAUCUAGCCAUGAGACCUUGGAAAUAGUUUAAACUGUUAAAUAAAAAUCUUUUAGGGGAGGUGGGAUGAAAUUCAGAAGCCCCUUCUAAUGAGUACUACUAUUGAGAUUUUAUUUCCUUUAGUUUUUUAUCUAGUUAUAUUUAGCAUACGAAGUAUAACCAAAUGUGGCUAAAAUAUAGUAAAAAUUCAGAGUGUUUCCAAAACUUUUAAUAACAAAAAACAUUUGGGUUUCUCCUAUCCAGGAAAUUGCAUUUUUUUUUGGUGUGCAAUAGGACACAUGGGAAGCCAGUGAAAACUCGCCAUCAGAUAGAUGAAAUCUUCUCGUUCAUUACACAUUUUGUAUUACAGCGUAUUUCAAAGGGUAAAGAGAACAGAGUUUUUGGUUUUGCUUUUGUAAUCCUGAUCAUUUAUGUAUGCAUUGUUCUGUUAAUGUCAGUUCUGCCUACAAAUCAAAAAGCGGCCGGUGCACCAUGCAUUGCGCCACCUUCAUGGUGCUCUUUCUGAACUUGACUUUUCAUCCUCUAGAGCUAAGUCUGUGACUCUCAUAAGCUUAGAAAACAUCGAAAAGAGAACUUUUUGAAUAGGAUACUCUGUAGACACAUUUUAGGAAAGAAUUCUCUUCCCAAAGUCCAGGUAUGAAUUGAAUGAAUUUACAUUUUUCAGAUAGCAUUAGGAACUAUUUAAGUGGGGCCAGGCACUAGAAAUAUUGUCUGAUUUUUUUUUUAAUCUCAUUUGAUGGUGAUAUUUGAACAAACAGAAUUCAUUGUAACUUUGCAGAUCUUUAAUUUAGGUAGCUUUAAUUUAUUUGUGAAAGUUAAUCCAUUUCUGAUAUCUGGUUUUAAGAGAGAUGAAUUCAUAUAUACUAAACUGUAUUACCCAAGACCCCAUACAAUGGGUUUUCUCAUUUUCUCCUGUUUUCAGGAUUAAGACACAAUGAAAUUUUAUUUCAAAUUCAAAUGAAAUAUUUUAAAUGGUUCCAUCAUUACUAUAUUGUUUUCACUCAGUUUUUUCAUUACUGGUGGCUCUGGCUGAGUGUUUCUUUAUAAAAAUCUAUUAUUCUGAAAACUGACAACCUUAGAAGAAUUUUUUUGUUUCAUAAAUUUUCCUUGGCUUUAAUUUUAUAUAAUCAUUUGGAAAAUACUAAUAACUAAAAAACAUGCCCAAAAUUUCAACAAUGAAUUUUUGAAUUAACUUUCUUCAUUUCCUUAAACCACUUCCAUUGGUUGUUACUUAAAUUCUCCAUUUGGAAUCACAAAUGUAAAUUUCCCUAGCUCAUGGGAAAAAAAAUUAACCCAGAAGUUCAAAAGUCUUUAAAUAUUCAUCUGACUCUAGCCUAAAAUAUCUGUAAAAGCUUUCUCCUGGCCUGUAGGAGGAACCAUAUACCAAAAAUGUUCUGUACUUUCCCAUUACAGUUUUGUGACAAGCCUUAAGUUAACUGUCUCAACCAAGAACAAUUGAGUAUUUCUAAAAGUACUGAUGAAGACUAAAUAUGCAAUUUUAAUUCUAGAAGAGAUAGGUAUUAAAAUAAUCAGCAGGAAUUCUCUUUAUAUAGGAAUAACAUUUACUGGUACUCGAUCUUUUAUUAUACAAAACUCGGUAUUUGUUUUCCACGCUCAACACUUAACUUCUAAGAUUUGAUAGUGACCAUAGUUUUUAAAACAAGCUUACUGGAUAAGGCAGAGGUGGGGAGGGGGAAGAUGAUGCAUUCUGAUCAUUAUAAAUAAUACUUUAUCAGGGCUCUAUCAUUUUCUCUCUUUCUCUAGUAACCCAGUAUAUGGUUGGUAUCCCCAGCAUUCUAACAGUACCAUGCCUAUAUUCCAGUUGACCUGUAGACUUCAAGUUCUGAGUCCAGCCAGCACAGUGUAGUGACACUGACAGAAGCCUUUAUUCUAGAUCUUUCAUCUAUUUGAGGUAGCUAUCGGUGGCUUUGCUACUAUUUUUUUUUUUGGUCUCUUCUCACAAAUCUGAGCGGUGGGCACCUAUGUUUACAUUGUAUCUUCCUGCAAUGUACUUGGCUUGACAGAAACAAGCAGGCUUCUCUAUUGAGACUUACUAUAUUUUUAGUUUUCAUAGACACUUAUUUAAUCUUUUUUUUAUUGUACAGCAAGGUGCUCUAAGUAAUAUUCUAUAAAAUAUAUUUAAUAGAAAUUUGAGUUUGAUAUUCAUGGACAUGAAUACAUGUAUUUUUUUAAGAAAUAAGUAUUGUGUAACACUACGGCAUUGCUUCUAUAGCCAAAGUCUGAAAAUUUCCGAAACACUGACAUGUAAAGACUACAGUUAAUUCUGACACUGUAUCUUAUUAAAAUAGGAUGAUUUGCAUUUUGUAAAAUUGUCCUGCACAUCAAGCUGCAUGCCUUAACGCCUAAAACUCUAGGAUUGUGUUCAUGGUAGAACAGUUUUAUCUGUUCAGUAAACAGCGAAGCAAGGUCUUAGCGCUUCUUUAACUACCUUUGGAAAUACUGUACAAUGUUAGAAUAAUUUAUUUUGCUUUACAGGAGUUUGUCAUGUAUUGACUUUAAUAUUGUAUUUUGGUAAUAAAUUUUUUGUUAAAAACA